GCUUGCGAGGCGAAGAAGAAGUCGGCUUUUGUUGACGGAUAUUGAAUAGUAUAUUUAGUAGUCAAAGUAGCUGUUUACCUUCGUUUCAUCAUUCCAUAAUCAUAUGUAUUAACAUGUUUACGGACGAAGACCAAGUGUCAGUAAAUAUCCAGUCAUCCUGGAGAAAAUCUCAGCAGUCGUCGCAGGAGUCGAGAGGCUGUCAGACCAGAACCAUUCACAGUGCUGAAUCAGGAGUACAGACUCGUUCCAGUGUUGUUGGAAGUACUCAAACAGAGCUCCAGGAUCAUGUAACGACACAGUUCCUCCAGGACCCCGACACUGUGCUCCAUUUGCCGGGCUUGAAGGAGUUCCUAGAUCAAGUUGAAGGCCAAGUCAUCCGAGAGUUGGUCAAAAAUUCCAAAAGUCAUGCUUUUGAUGGCUUUCAGGUGAACUGGGAAGAACACAAUCAGAUGGUUUUUUGCCUUCAUCAACUUCAACAUCCCAAGGCCUUAGAGCGAGGUCUUCAUAUAACGAGUGUGUCCUGGAGUUGUACCGGUGCAGUAAUAGCCUGUGCUUAUGGCCGGUUGGCAGAAGGUGAUUGGAGCAAUGACAAGUCAUAUAUUUGCAUGUGGAACAUUGAUCAUGGAGGUCUGAACCCCAAACAAGCUGAUCUGAUCAUAGAUGUUCCAACUGCAGUGACAUCUCUGUGUUGUCACCCCAAGCACCCCGCUCUCAUGGCAGGUGGUUUGUAUACUGGGGAAGUGAUAGUCUGGGACACCAGUCAGUCUACAGAUCCAGUACUGGUGCAAACUGGCAUGUCUGCAGAUAGCCACAGAGAGCCUGUUUGUCAGGUUACCUGGGUGCCCCUUCGUAAUAAAGGAGAGUUUGGUGUUCUGAGUGCAUGCUCUGGAGGGAGGAUUCUUCUGUGGACAGUGAACACGGAGCAAGGAAAAUGUGUCCUGAAAUCGGCCUUUGCGCUUGUGCAACAGCAAAUAAUUUCCAGCAGCAGCUUCAAGGGUCAAGGCACUGGCACUGUGGGUGUCACCUCCUUGGAUCUGUCUCCAUGGGACCCAGACACGUUCUUAGUAGGCUCCGAGGGUGGCCUUCUGCUUAGAUGCUCCCUCUCCUCCCAGACACCAGCAGCAGUCCCAUCUGAAUGUUUCAGUGUGCCACUAAGAACUCCAACAGUCUUCUCCUUUAGGCCUGCUAGCGGCCCUGUCCACUCCAUACACUGUUCACCUUUUCAUAGGAACCUGUUUUUGAGUGCAGGAACUGAUGGUCUGGCUCACCUCCAUUCUCUGCUGCAGACCAGCCCACUGCGCUCACUUCGAGUGUCCGACACUUAUGUUUUUAAAGUGCAAUGGUCUCCAACCAGGCCGCUGCUUUUUGCUGCAGCCACCGGACAAGGUGAGGUGCAAAUAUUUGAUCUGAGUCGCCGCUCCCUGAGACCAGCAGCCACGAUCGAAUCAGGAGGCGUUGGUCAUGCUGCAACCUGUUUGGCCUUCAACUGUCAAAAUCCUGGCCUCCUUGCAGUGGGAAAAACAGAUGGGACAGUUGGUGUCUGGAAACUCAGCACUGAUUUGACAGAGCAGAUGCCCACGGAGAACCAUCUUCUGGAGCAGAUAGCUAAUCAAGUAGCCGAAUGACACGAUUGGAUGGAUGACAUCACAGGUUUGGAUUUUUGGCCAAUAUGCCCAAAGAACUAUUAUUUGGGUCUUUGGGAUAGCAAACUUCUGCUAGUCUCCUAUGGGCCUGAAGUCACUGGAUCUCAUAAAGGAUCACACUGAGUCCCUUUUAUUUGGUCCAGAGGAAUGUUGUUUGAGUAGAUGCAUGUUCCACGGGUUGUGGUGCAACAGAAGUGCAAAGGUGGUGCAGGAAUGACAGCCCUCUAUUCACGCAAUUGAAAACAUUUUCCCAGUACAUUCAUGUGAACAUUUGUUCAUUUGGAAAUCAUUUUUAAAAACCAAAGUAAGUACUUCAGGCAACAGCAUAUGAAUCAAUGGUGGUCAAUGAGCCAGAACUUCACUUGAAAUACUGAAUCACUUCCUGGAAACCAUUGGGAGAAAACUGCCAAUCUGCCAAGAAUGAUUAAACUCAUGCACUGAAUAAUAUUCUUGCAAAAGUAGAGCAGAAAAGUUCAAAGCUGUCAUGAAAACUGUAAUGCGUCUUUUGGAAAAUAACAGCUGCAAGGCCAAGUUUUGGGGAAAAAAAAAAAAAAGGAUAUUGUUUUAUUUAAGAAGUAUUUCAUGUUGUUUUGUUCAAAACAUUUUUAUAAGCAUUGUAACGUGACAUAGUACCAAACUUAAAACAUUGGAUCUGGAAAGCAAAAAUAAAUGGAAUGCCAUAAAUAAAAAAAAAUUAUGUACUCAAUGAAAAAUUGAUAAAAGCCAGACGGGGAACUAUUCAGUCAACGUCAAAACAUCCAAACCAAUUCAGACCAUGCCUAUGACAGAAUUGACAAAAUCCUUGGGAGCAUGUUUUUUUUUUGUUUUUUUUGUCCAGGGAAAUAAAAGCUCACACAAAUUCAAAUCUUGAGAUUACAGGAAACCUGGUAGCACACAUUUGUUCCAUUUAAAAUCACACAAAGGCACAUCCUCAAACAGCAAACACAGACAUUUACAUUUGCUCACAGAGGAAAAUGAAUCCGCUGUGCACUUCCACCUAAUAUAAGCUUGGUCCCAGUUAAUUGCAAACCAGUACGGUUAGUUACAUGCAACACCAAGGUGCAACAAGUAAUCAGAGUCAGUUGUGUCACAGAUCCAACAGAAUAUACAUUCUACCUAACAGGGGUACAAAAAAAAAGAUGGAGAAAAUGACCAAGUUUGCUUUGGUUUCUUUGAAGAGCAACAGCGGGAUAACCUGUAAUGACACAAAAACGAGCCCAUCCAGUGGGUCAAUAGGUGCACCAUGAGGUGAAGGACCCCAACCAUAUGUCGGUUCCAAACAAACGACAUGAAAGCUAAACAUUCACCCAUAAAAUGAAAGAAAAUAACUUUUUUUUUUCCGAGGUGAAACAAAAGCAAGGCAGCUCUUUCUAAGUGUCCAGUCUAAAAAUAUAUAGUUAAUCUAUUUUGGGAUGCCCUGCUGAAUGUGAAUGGAAGAACAAGUGCUGCAUUUCAGACAUAUUAAAUGCAUGAAUGAAACUCAACGCGUGAUGGUGGAGUGAGAAGAAACUCCAACACUCGCGUAUCAAAUUCCUGAAAAGUAUGAAUUUCUAAAUGUAAAGAUGUGAACGAGUAUGGAUUACAAACAUGACCAUUGUAAAUAAAAAA